UUUCUCCUCAAAGUGAAGCUUCGUACGUAGAUGGAGGAAUGUUCAAGGCGGCACAGCUCUCUGCAACGGAUCUGAUUUGUGGUAGGUAAAGAAAUGGAUUCACAAGACUCGGAGACCUUCUCAUCUUCUCAGUAUCAGUACAAUUACAUGAUACCAUCUCAACUCUCAAACCAAUCACUUCACCCAACUCCACCAGUUCAACCUACUUACAACUUCAACCAAAGUAAUGGAAUGUAUCCUUAUUGUGUGGACCAAUAUGGAUCUAAAAUAUCAUUCCAAAGUCUCUUGAAUUCUCCCAUAUUAAAUCCUUCAGUGGCCAAUGCUCAAUUGGAGAGUUCAACAAAAAGAUCAAGAAAGAAAGGUGAUGACAUCCAGAUAAUACCUCAACCUGCCAGUUCUAGAAAAGAAUGGACUAAAGAGGAAGAUGUAGCAUUGACGAACGCGUGGUUACAUGUAUCAAUGGAUUCAGACAUCGGAAACAAUCAGAAAAGUACUUCUAUGUGGGUGAGAAUAGUAGAAGUCUUUAAAGAAAAUAUGGGAGCUAAAUGCAAUCCUCUUAGAAACAGCAACAGCUUGCAAUUGCAUUGGGGGAAAAUACAAGCUGCAGUGAAUAAGUUUGUUGGACAUUAUGAGCGACUAGAUAGGCAUCCACAGAGUGGCACGAACUUGGAUGAUUUGAUAAAAAAGGCAAUGGGAUCAUAUGAAGACAUUCAAGGAAGCCCAUUCAAAUAUCUCCACUGUUGGGAAAUAAUGAUGAAAAAUCCAAAAUGGUACUCCGAACAUGUGAAGCCAGCAUCAACAAUCAUGUUAUGUAAAAUGAUACAUGUUUUCAUAAUCUUUCCUAAAUCCUUUUGAUUCCACAUACGUGCUGGACCUUUGAUAAUAUGCCACCGACUUUGCAAUACUCCGAAUGCUCGUUCUACAUCUUU